CAUUUAUUUAAAGCUGAAAGAAACGAAUUUCCUUUUCAAGUCCAAAAACCAAAAUGAACAAUUAUUUAGGGCUGUGUCAAACUAUUCGGAAACAGAAACGAAAUUAUGACAAUCGUAAAUUGAGGGUCAGCAAUCGAAGGAGAGUCGAGGAUUGUAUAUCCCAUAUCGAGGUCUGGAAUAGAGUCCUUAAACAAGAUGACCCCAUGGGGUUCGAUCAGUGUGAUGAAGGCCGUGCUCUGCGUGGGCUGCACGGAGGUGGACUAUGUGACCACCAUUGAGAACGUUGACUUCCAGAGCGAUCAAUCCCGCACCCAGAACGGAAUGCUGCAGCGCAGCGGUAGAUCCUCGAACGUGAGCACAGCCCUGCGGCUGUUGGGGGCCAAUGUGGAGCUGUUUGGGGUGCUGAGCCGCAAUCCCACCUACCGCAUGAUCCUGGACGAUCUGGAGGUGCGCGGCAUCGACACCAGCCACUGCACCUUCACGGACGACAGUCCGCCGUUCUCGACGAUCGUCCAGGAGCGCUGGACUCGCCGCUGCACGGUGGUCUACUGCGACAAGCCGUUUCCGUAUGUCACCGCCGCCGAUUUCCGGCAGCUGGACCUCGACCAAUACGGCUGGGUGAACUUCGAGGCGCGCAGUCCGCGGGAAACGUGCGACAUGAUCCGUCUGAUCCUCGACCACAACAACGGACGGGCGGAGCGGGAUCGCAUUGUGGUCUCACUGCAGAUCUUCAAUGCCUUCUCGGAGGUCGUCGACCUCAUUGGCAUGUGCGACUAUGUGUUUGUCACCAAGUACAUAGCCGAGUCCAGGGGCUGGCAGACGCCGCUGGCAGCCUGCGAGGCAAUUAACGGACUGCUGCGAAUACCCCGGGACAUUGCCAUUCGCCGGCCCUGCAUCAUAGUGCCCUGGAGCAGCUUGGGUGCCGGCUGCAUGACCACCGAUGGACACUACUUCCUGCUGCCCGCCCACAAGCCAACGAAGAUCAUCGAUCGCGUGGGCGACAGCGACUGCUUCACGGCCGCCUUCAUCUAUGCCGCCUUUGUGCGGCAAAAGCGACUGGCCGAUGCCGUCGAUUAUGCCAAUGCGGUGGCCAGUUUCAAGCUGGCCUACGUCGGAUUCGAUUGCCUUGGCCAACUGCGCCUCGACUCGUCCAAGCUAUCGGCCAAACUGUUGGCCAAAAUGCGACCCGGCACUGAGAUGUCCUCCGACGACGACGACGACGAGGAUAGCGACGAUCAGGAGAACAGCUGCCGGAAACACCUACUGCGGCCGUUUGAGUUCCUCGAACCGGACGAAGCGGUCGAAGCGGGCUCCGUUGCCACCGUCGAACUGCAGGCGGACGAAGCUCCGGUGGAGCGGCCAUCUUCUAGCUAGGUUUGUGGAACACUUGCCAUUUAUUGUCAACUAACUUUUGAAAAUAAUCCAAGAAAUUAAAAUGUGUCUAUUGCUUUA